UCCUCACUCACUCUCACUCUCACAAAAAUGUCUCACAUUUCAAAACUUCUCUAUAUCUUCUUCUUCUUCUUCUGCAACUCAGUUUCUUUAUCAUGGUCAUCGUCUCUUUCUCUCCAUUUUCCUCUCACAACUCUUCGUCUCACUCCAACCACAAACUCCUCCUCCUUCAAAACCUCCCUCCUCUCUCGCCGGAACCCAUCUCCGUCGUCGUCUCCGUACACUUUCCGAUCAAACUUCAAAUACUCUAUGGCUCUAAUCCUCUCUCUUCCCAUAGGAACACCAUCUCAGUCACAAGAGCUUGUUCUUGACACCGGAAGCCAACUCUCAUGGAUCCAGUGUCAUCCCAAGAAAAUCAAGAAACCACUUCCUCCUCCAACGACGUCGUUUGAUCCUUCUUUAUCUUCAUCGUUCUCCGACUUACCUUGCUCUCAUCCUCUUUGUAAACCACGAAUUCCCGAUUUUACCCUUCCCACUUCUUGUGACGCAAACCGUCUCUGUCACUAUUCUUACUUCUACGCUGAUGGAACCUUCGCUGAGGGCAAUCUCGUCAAAGAAAAAUUCACUUUCUCAAAUUCCCAAAUUACCCCUCCUUUGAUACUUGGUUGCGCUAAAGAGUCAACAGACGAGAAGGGUAUUUUGGGAAUGAAUCUUGGUCGUCUUUCUUUUAUCUCACAAGCAAAGAUAUCUAAAUUCUCUUAUUGUAUCCCAACCCGGUCAAACCAACCCAGUUUAGCCUCAACCGGUUCUUUUUACCUUGGAGAUAACCCGAAUUCUCGUGGUUUCAAAUACGUUUCACUUUUGACUUUUCCUCAAAGUCAAAGCAUGCCGAAUCUAGACCCUCUAGCUUACACAGUACCUUUGCUUGGUAUCAGAAUCGGACAAAAGAGACUCAACAUACCCGGUUCUGUUUUUAGACCCGAUGCAGGCGGGUCGGGUCAAACCAUGGUGGAUUCAGGUUCCGAAUUUACUCACUUAGUCGACGUGGCGUAUGAUAAAGUCAAAGAAGAAAUAGUGAGGCUUGUGGGAUCAAGAUUAAAGAAAGGUUACGUGUACGGUUCAACAGCUGACAUGUGUUUCGAUGGUAACCAUCCGAUGGUGAUCGGACGGUUGAUAGGAGAUCUUGUGUUUGAGUUUGGGAGAGGUGUUGAGAUUCUCGUUGAGAAACAAAGGCUUUUGGUUAACGUUGGAGGUGGGAUUCACUGUGUUGGAAUCGGACGGUCAAGCAUGCUUGGUGCAGCUAGUAAUAUAAUCGGGAACGUCCAUCAGCAGAAUCUUUGGGUUGAGUUUGAUGUAGCCAAUAGGAGAGUUGGUUUUAGUAAAGCUGAGUGUAGCAGAUUAUCGCCGUGAGAAAGUGAAUAUUUUUCUACGGUCGUGCGUAUGGUUUUGGAGCUGUGUAUGAUUGUGAUGAUCGUUGGAUGUUUGAUCGGACGGUGUAAAUGAAUCUGGGAUAUUGUGGGUCCUUGUAGAAGGACAUCUGUCAGAAGCAAAGUUCUCAAUCUUUAUUAAGGCUCUAGAACUAUGUAUAAAUGAAUGUACUAUGAUAAUUAAAAGCUUGUAUAUUAUAUGGUUAAUAUAAUUUGUUAUUAACA